AUGAGCAAGACAUUGAUUCAAGCCGAGCACUUGUCGAAGACCUACAAGGUCUUUACCCGCCCUGUCGAUCGUUUCGUAGAAGCCGUCACCGGUCGUCCGCGUCACCAGAAGGUGGAGGCGCUGAAAGACGUUGGUUUCGAGCUCAAGGAGGGCGAAGGGCUGGGCAUCGUCGGCGAAAACGGAGCCGGCAAAAGCACGCUGCUGAAGAUCCUCUCCGGGGUGACGGUGCCGACCGAAGGCCGGUUGCGGGUGGAAGGUAGGGUUGCGUCUCUACUGGAGCUCGGCAUGGGAUUCCACUCCGAGCUGACCGGACGCCAGAACAUUCGGCUGAAUGCCGCGAUGAUGGGUUUUACGGACGAGGAAACCGACGUCAAGACACCCAGAAUUAUCGACUUCAGCGAGCUCGGCGAGUUCAUCGAUCGACCGAUCAAGACCUAUUCGAGCGGUAUGGCCAUGCGGUUGGGCUUUUCCAUCGCGGUUCAGGUCGAGCCCGACAUUCUGAUCAUCGACGAGGCGCUGUCCGUAGGCGACGGGUACUUUCAAAAGAAGUGCAUGGACGAGAUUCGGCGUUUGUUGGAUAGGGGCUGCACCUUCUUGUUCUGCUCCCAUGCCAUGUACUACGUCUCGCAUUUCUGCGACCAAGCCCUGUGGUUGCGUAAGGGUCAAGCCGAGGCUUUCGGCGAGGUCGCGGGUGUGGUUCGCGAAUACGAAUCGUUCCUAGCCAAGAAAUCGAAGAAGAAUCGCCCCCAGGAAAGCUUGCCUGAGAAAGAAGGUCCGGCAAGCUUUACGGCAGCCCGUAUGCUGGGCGGUCAGGAUGGGGUAUAUCGGCGGGGCGAGUCCCUGGGCAUCGAGGUCUCCUGGCAAGCGGAGAAACCGGACUUGAGCUUCCACCUCGGAGUGGCGAUCGACCGUAGCGACGGAGUUCAGAUCAUGAGCUUCUCAAGCCACCGGGAUGGCAGGGAUCCAUUGACCGGGUCCAACCAGCACCAUCUGCGGCUUUGGAUUCGAGACCUACCGCUGCUGCGGGGAGAAUUCGAAAUCUACCUAUUCUUGCUCG